CUGUUUACUACCAUGUACUCCACAUAUAUGUGGUCGAUCUCUCCUCCUCCAAACCUCCCAGCAAAGCUUCGGAGGAAAAGUUCUUCAGCCUCUAUAAACACGCCAUCAUUAUUUGAGCCAGAUGACAAUGAUCUAGACUCUCCGUCACCCGUGACAUCUCCGCUACCUUCAUCCUCACCACUUUCAACACCGAUAUACUCUUCCCCUCCAAAUCAUAUCGCGACUCGUUAUUCAUACUCGCGUUCACAAUUCCAACAUUCAUACGAAGAAUCUCAUUCGGAGUUUGAUGAUGCACCAGGUUCACCAACGCCUUUCUAUCAUCGGGGUCGCACUUCCAAAUAUGUAGCGCACCAGCAGGUGUCCGACAAGUACGGAAGUUGUCCUGAGAGUGAAGAUGAGAUGGUGGACUCUGAGCCUUGUCAUAGCGAUGACUUACUCUCUUGGCUUGGCCCGCAGUGUCCGGCACGUGAUGUACGCAAAGACAUUGGGUACGAGCCCGAAAGCAUGGAUAUCCAUUUGCGCCGGACAUACUUCGCUACAUCUUCCGAACGUGGUCGCUGGCAAAGCAGUCCAGUCAUACCUCAAACGUACAACGCCAAGCCGUUUAUAUCCAGUCCAAUACGCCCCCAUAGGGGGCAUUCAACCCCUGUGAAAAGCAUCACUCGAGACGUGAAGUCCCCUUUGUUGGAAUUCCGUGAUUUUGUGCGUAGGCAAUCGACAAGCGGAGUAAAGGUCGAUCCAUCUAGCUCUCCAUUCCUUGCAGCCAGUGACAGCAACGAUAUUGAGGACUAUCGUAGUCUUUCGCCCCUUCCUCCGUCGUCGCCACCUACGUCCCCGAUGUCACUGGCACCGUCGCAGCCAGACGAUUGUGCCUUGAUCGAUGAUGAUAUGGUUCUCAACAACGAUUUCGAUCCCAAGCAAACAAAUAUCCAUUCUUCAAACGUCACGCCACGCGACGUUUCUACCUCCGAGGCCCCUUUACUAUUGGCCUCAGAACAUGCGUUAAACGCAGCCUCAAGCACGUGCUCCUCCUCCUGUACGAACGAGGCAACUCAUCAGCCUCUUAAACUUUCGCUUACUGUGCCUGCUCCCAUUAACACUAUUACCACGACUCCCACCACUAAGAUCGAGCCUUUGCGAUCGUAUCCGCAUUCGCCUACAAACUCGUUACUAGGACUUAGCGCAUACACUAAUAUUCCAUCUGCUGUCACUCCCCCACCUCACUUGGGUGAUGAAGAAAUGGGGCUUGUGACCAGAAAUACGACAUCUACUGGUGUGGUCGGCGUUCGUACGAUCGUCGAUGCACAAGUCGUUCAAUGCGACAAUACUACUUCACAAUCUACGCAGAUUCGCGUUUCGAGUGUUUCUGCAAUAUCAGCAGACACGAACCCAGUUGACCCACUCCCCGCAACCUCCAUUACCAUCCCAAACUCUCCCUCGAAGACGGUGAAGAAGCCGCGGCCAAGUUUUAGUGACGGGGAGUUUGUACAGGGGAGCAGCAUCUCACAUCCCCAACCCCAGACUGCACGUAGGAGCAACUUGAUGCGUACAAAGUCUCCGGAAAACGACAUCGAUUUGACGCCAGAGCCAUCAAGGCCCCAGCCUGAGUCCAAGUCAAAACAAGGACUGAAACGGGAGGACUCUGUCUCAUCUAUAACGCCUGCACAGAAGAAACCUCGGCUCUCGGAGAAUGUGGACCAUGAUACGGACCGGGUGCCCAGGCGCAAACAACGCAAGCGUAAAACUUCCUCGAGUGCGAAGGAGAAAAUUACAGUUCGCAAAUCACGGUCACGAUCUCGCUCGUGUCUCAAAUCAAUGUCUUCUGAAGAGGAUUUGCGCACACAAGUUGCUCGCAUCUGUGACGAGCCUCAAGUACGCAAUGGUUCCGAAGUUUCUGUGACAAAGGUCGAAAGUCCCGUUACCAACUUAGCACCCCUUGAUCCAGAGCAAGUUGAGAUCACAGGCAUGCUUGUAGAGGCUCUUGCCACAUCGCGUGCCUCGUCUAUGGACCCGCUUGCUCUACACACUGCCAUUACCCAAACGCACCCCCAUCUCAAAACGAAACACAAUAAAAAAGAGUGGCUUAACCUCAUUCCAGCCAUACUUGAAGCGGGGCGCGAGCGAUGUGGGAUGUUUGAGAAAGUUCAGAGUAGUGGGACGGACGGGGCAAAGCAGGCAAGGUGGUUUUAUGUCUCUGAUAGGGACGAAGACCGUGAGCGUGCGGGGCUACUGGAGGAGCUCAUGCCAAAGCAGAAGAGGAACGAGACGAAGAAGUUCAAGAAGUAUUAUUAUCCCCCACUGCAGAAGGUUUCGAGGUGGGACUCGGAGGAUGCGAUUUGACAUUUGGGAGUGAAUUUUUAAAGCUUUGCAAGACACUUGCGUUUUAUGUGGACCCUCGUGGUUACUGCCUUUUGUUGAUGUUCAAACGUCCCUUCCCAUUAAUGUCCUCGAUCGCGAUCUUUUUUCACAUUCACCAUGACUGUAGCCCACCACUUAUUUACCAUGAAACACUAAUUUGUUUCUUGAGACCAGUCCGGCCUAGACUAGAAGUCUACGGGCAGUGCGAGUCUAAGCGAGCUCCUCCCAGUUUGGCUUGAAUUCAAUUGAAAAUUUGGACGCCGC